CAUUACUGUGUGCCACAUUUGAGUAUGAGGGAACACAACAUCACACAUUUAGUGCUCACAAACCAUGUUGCAGAUGUUCAGCAAAACAAUGCAGGUAAGAACUCUCAUGUUGGAAGCAGGGAUGAAAACGCAGACAGGGGGAACUGGAGCAGUAAGAAAGAAUAUCUGUUGUCUAUGAUUGGAUAUGCAGUCGGACUUGGAAACGUAUGGAGGUUUCCAUACCUAGCGUACAAACAUGGAGGGGGAGCAUUCCUCAUUCCCUACACGAUCAUGCUGUCAGUCGCAGGGCUGCCACUCUUUUUUAUGGAGAGCUCAGUUGGACAGUUCUGUAGUCAGGGACCCAUUAACAUGUGGAAAGCUGUGCCAAUAUUGCAAGGUGUUGGAAUUACCAUGAUGCUGGUUAGCACUUUUGUGUCGAUCUACUACAACGUCAUUAUCGCGUAUAGCAUCUACUACAUGUUUGCAUCAUUUCAGUUCCCUUUGCCAUGGAGCGAUUGCUCAAGCUGGUCAGAGAAAGACUGCAACAAUACUGUUAGAGAACUUUGCAAAAUGAUUUCCUAUAACCAGAGUCUUGUGGCUGGGGAUCAAAACUGUUCAGAAGAGAUUAGUGCACCAUUACAGAGCUCCAGUGAGCAGUACUGGGACUAUGUGGCUCUCCAGCGCACUAGCAGUAUGGAUGAGACAGGGCCGGUGGUCUGGCACUUGGCGCUCUGCCUGCUACUGGGGUGGAUCAUGAUCGCUGCUGCUCUUUACAAAGGCAUCAAGUCUUCUGGGAAAGUUGUGUAUUUCACGGCUAUAUUUCCAUAUGCUGUCCUGCUCAUCCUGCUAAUCCGUGGUGUUACUCUGGAUGGUGCAAGAGAUGGCAUUGAAUAUUACAUUGGCUCCCAGUCUAAUCUUACAAAACUGGCUGAGGCUGAGGUUUGGAAGGAUGCAGCCACUCAGAUAUUCUUCUCACUGUCUAUUGCAUGGGGUGGUCUAACAGCACUGGCUUCCUACAACAAAUUUUAUAACAACUCGUACAAAGACUCCAUUAUAGUGUGCGUCACAAACUGCAGCACUAGCAUCUUCGCUGGAUUUGCCAUAUUUUCCAUCCUUGGACACAUGGCACAUAUCUAUAAGAAACCAGUUUCAGAGGUUGCACAGGCUGGGUUUGGACUGGCUUUCAUUGCUUACCCUGAUGCCCUUUCCAAACUUCCUAUAUCUCCGCUGUGGUCCAUCCUGUUCUUCUUCAUGCUCAUAACUCUUGGCCUGGACUCUCAGUUUGCUGGAAUAGAGGUGAUCACAACAUGUCUCCAGGAUGCCUACCCCAGAAUCUUAAAAUCUAAACGAGGCCCAAUUACCGUAGUCAUCUGUAUCAUACUCUUCCUGCUUGGCCUGCCAUGUGUCACUGGAGCAGGUAUAUACUGGGUGAAUCUGAUAGAUACCUUCUGUGCUGGAUGGAUUCUUCUUGUCGCUGGAUUGUUGGAGGUCUUCGGUCUCACCUGGUUAUAUGGUGGAAAUCGGUUUAUUCAUGACAUUGAAAUGAUGAUUGGGACAAAGACCACCUUUUUCUGGAUGUGGUGGAGGGCUUGCUGGUUUUUUAUCACUCCUGCUGUUCUUCUUGUCAUUCUUAUCUGGUCAUUGUACACGUUCACUGCACCCACAUACGGCUCAGUGGAAUAUCCGCAGUGGGGCAUUGCUCUGGGCUGGUGUAUGACUGCCUUCUGCCUCAUGUGGAUCCCAACUGUGGCUGUCUGGAAGAUAAUGAAAGCUAAUGGAAGCUUGUGGCAGCGGCUCAAAUUAACGUCUUUGCCCACUGAAGACUGGGGUCCCUACUUGGAACACCACAGGACUGAUCGCUAUGUUCGCAGAGAGACAAAAGACACAAAUCUCUUUGUAAUCACAAACCAAAACACCACCAGAUUGUAAAGUACUGUACUGUUGAGUCAUAUUUGUGUUUUUGUUAGUUACAUCCAUGUUUUGUAAGUUACGUCGUCACUGCUUUGGGGAAAGUACAGUAUAAACCACAGUAUCAUCUCACCAGUCAUGUACCUUACUUACUGUAUAUAUACAGUUACAAUUACUGUGGACACUACGGACAAUUCCUCCCCAGCCACCAGAGGACUUUGAUUGUGUUCACUUGUUUUGUAUUUUUUCUAUAAGUGAUCCUAUUUAAGUUCCUUGUUUUUCUUCUUAGGUGGGUGGAGCAUUAUAUGUUAUAUGCUUAUGUCUGCACCUGUAUUUGCAUGCGUGUUAGAUUACGGUUGCUGUUUGCAUGAUGAAUGGCAUUUGUUUUCAUGUUUAAGUAUUCAUGGGCUUUCACAGUCUUUGUUGCUAGUUAUUCUACAUUAAAAUCAUCUCCACCCCAAUACAUGACAUGUACUUUCUCAACCACCAUCAACACAUGAUUGAAUUGAACUUCUCUUUCAUCGUUAGCACCUCAUCAGCAUCCAGUUCAAAUGUUUUGACUUGGCAACUUAUACCACUUUGACUGAUAAACAGUAACACCCACUAACAUUCCACUUCUAUUUCAGUGUCUCUGCUGUGCGGAGGAUGCUUCACCACACACAUAAUAUCUAGCAAUGAGUAGGACGCAUUCUUCGUUAAAUAACAACGCAUUUUCAAUACAGAAAUCAGUGUGACGAAUCAGAAACUGUAACUAGAGAAACAAUACCAUAGUUGGCAGAGUGCAUUCAUACAUCUGUGAGUUGCCUUUCAGAGUUAAUCCGCACCUUCUGACCAAUCUGAACUUAUUUAAACAAUAAGGUUUUAUAAAGUUUAAAGUAGAAUUAUUCAUGAAGUCAUCCUAUAUUCAUUAAUGAGUUUUCAAACAAAAACACUUUAAUAUUAACUUAUCAUUGCUUAGUGCUUAUGACAUCAAGUAUUUGCCAUAAACUUGGUAAUUGAUGCCUGAUACAUUUCCCCAUCUGUGACGCUGUAUUGUUCAACAGUCUUUCCUUUUUCUACAGUGUGUAUGUUCUAUGUCAAACUUCUAUUUAACAUCCUUGUCAUGGUCAUUAUUUUCCAGUUUGUGUAAUGGAGGAAUGCUUUGAAUUAAUGGUGUUAAAACCUACAGUGUUUAGCGGUUUCAUGUUU